AUGAGCCAACGACAGCAACAAAGGCCUCAAGAACCCAUCAAGUAUGGAGAUGUGUUUUCUGUGGAAGGUGAGCUUGCUAAGAAGCCAGUGGCUCCAAGAGAUGCUGCAAUGAUGCAGACAGCAGAGAAUGCAUUGAUGGGGCAGAUUCAGAGAGGUUGUGCUGCCUCAAUGAUGCAAUCUGCUGCUAUGAGAAAUGAGAGAGCUGGGUUUGUUGGUCACAGUGAUGUCAAUGAUGUUGCUAAUUAUCAGGGAGUGAGUGUCACUGAGACUGAGAUGCCUGGGAGGCGUAUAAUAACAGAAGCAAUUGGUGGUCAGUCACCACCACCCUUAUUCCAACAGGUUGAUGCUGGGAUCACAAUUGGUGAAGCACUUGAAGCCACUGCCCUAUCAUGUGGGCAGAAGCCUGUUGAAUGGAGUGAUGCAGCAGCAAUUCAAGCAGCUGAAGUAAGAGCCACUGGCCUGACAACCAUUACUCCUGGUGGAGUUGCAGCCGCGGCCCAGUCAGCAGCAACCAUCAAUGCAAGAAUGACGAAGGACGAGGACAAGACAAAACUGUCAGAUGUUCUUGCAGAUGCAACUUCAAAGUUACCAGCAGAUAAGCCGGCGACGAGAAAAGAUGCUGAAGGGGUGACAGGAGCAGAAAUGAGGAACGAUCCAUUCUUGACUACACACCCUGCUGGUGUGGCUGCUUCUGUGGCUGCUGCUGCAAGGCUCAACCAGCAGAAUAACACUAAAAAUAAGAAAGAAUCUUAA